GGUGAACAGACUAUGAGCCCUUUGUCAAAUUGUGUCUCUCUCUGUCACACACACACACACACACACAAGCGCUUUCUCUCUCACAGCUGUGUGUCAGUGCUCACUGUGACUCACUGUAAGCCAGCCAAACAAGCUGACAUGGCACUUAUGAAUCCCCAAGUAAAGCCUCAGGCAGAGACGCUGCAGGAUGUUGCCAGUAAAAUCUAGAGGCUAGUUAAAAAUAACUUAUUUCUCUCAGAGGGGAACAGAGCAGCAGCUACCCAGUGUCAUGGCACCGUCAGAGGACAGUGUGAGUGCCUGGAGCUGUAAGCAGGUGGCCCAGUGGCUGCAGGAAGAAGGUUUUGGGGAGUAUGUGGAGUUAUUGUGUACCCAGCACCGCCUGGACGGCCUCAGCCUGCUGGCUCUGACUGAGGCCGACCUGCGUGGGCCUCCGCUGGGUCUUACCGUGCUGGGAGACAUCAAGAGGUUGACCAUAGCCCUCCGCCGGCUCCAGAGACAGAACCAGGCCCAGCUGGAGGAGCUGGGUCUCCGGCCUACAGACAGUUUCCCUGCUGGGCUCUCGCUGGGUGCUGUAGGGGUCGAGUGGAGCUGUGACGGAGCCGACAGGAGGUACAACGGAGGUGAUCGGUCAUGUAACGGCACUGAGCUGCGGCUGAGGAACGGUGAUAGGUCUGGAUAUGGCUCAGGAGCGGCUCUGUGCCAUAUGCACUCCAACGGGAGGUGUAGGCAGCACCUGGCUGGUAGAUUGGACCCAGAGGUGUGGAAGACGGUCCUCAGUACCAUUUAUGUCUUUUUUGUGUUUGGAUUCACAUCGUUUGUCAUGGUCCUCGUACAUGAACGUGUCCCAGACACAAGGACAUACCCGCCACUGCCUGACAUAUUCCUUGACAGUGUUCCCAGAAUCCCUUGGGCUUUUGCAAUGGCUGAAGCCUGUGGCGUCAUCCUGUGUUAUAUGUUUAUUUUGAUCCUGCUCCUUCACAAACACAGGUCCAUUCUCUUCAGACGGCUGUGUUCUCUGAUGGGAACGGUGUUUUUGCUUCGAUGUUGCACCAUGUUUGUUACCUCACUCUCUGUCCCUGGCCAGCACCUGAAGUGUGCCAGUAAGACUUACGGUGAUACCUUGGGAAAGAUACAGAGGGCGCUAGCGAUCUGGAGUGGAUUUGGGAUGACUCUGACAGGAGUCCAAACUUGUGGAGACUACAUGUUCAGUGGACACACUGUUGUCAUCACAAUGCUCAACUUUUUCGUGACUGAAUACACUCCACGAACCUGGAAUCUGAUUCACACUAUCUCCUGGGUUUUAAACCUGUUUGGGAUUUUCUUCAUUCUGGCGGCUCACGAGCACUACUCCAUCGACGUGUUCAUCGCUUUCUACAUCACUACCCGCCUCUUCCUCUACUACCACACCUUAGCUAACACCCGUGCCUACCAGCACAGCCGGAGGGCGCGCAUUUGGUUCCCCAUGUUCUCCUUCUUUGAGUGCAAUGUGAACGGACCUGUCCCCAACCAGUAUCACUGGCCCUUCGACAAACCUGCCUUCAUGAAAACUCUGAUCGGAUAGAGUAUUCUGUCAAAGAUCAGCAGUGUGCAAUGUGCAUGGACUUUAAUGUUAAAGCCGAAAUGAGAAACGUUUUACUUGAAAUGCUGCUUCUUAUCUGAGGGUGGUUAUAGGUUUAUUUUUGUGGGAUUUUUUCCCUCAUUGUAUAAAUGCAUUAUCUUUAUUUUGUCGAUUGAUCUUAUGUUCAAAGGAAUAGUUGGACACUUUUGGGAAAUAUGUUUAUUUACUUAUGUGCCAAAAGCUGUUUGAGAAGAUUAACAGUAUUACACUCUUGUCUCUGUCUGUUUUAAAUAUCACGCUAAAGCCAGCGGUUGGUAAGCUUAGCUUAGCAUUAAGACUGGAAGACAAACUCUGUUUGAAGCACUUCUGAGUCAAUUAACAUUGGUUUAAUCUGUAUAAAAACUGAAGUGUUAAGAUGACAAUUUCUGAUGACAACAAGAUUGCAGGAAGGCUGUUCCAGCCAAGGAAUAAUCUCCCUCGCCUUCGUUACCAUUUUAAACUUCAGUUUUUGUACAAAUUUUUGAGCUUUACAGGAGCUGGUGGGUAAGACGGAGCCACGCUAGC